AUGGAUCCUGUCCGACCACCCUUCAGGGGCUCUCUUCAUGGGUACCCAUCUCAGUGUGUACGGAUGCCAGGCUCUUGGCUACAAACUCCUAAACCUUUGGACUCAACUUCGGGCAGGGCAAGACCUGUAGGCAGAGGCCAUAUAUUUGGAAAAGCAGAGGAACCAAGCCCACAGAGUGAGCCGGCACAAAGGGAUCCUGUGGAUUUGGUCUCCAUGUUCCGAGGCCUGGGUGGUGAAACAGUGUCCUGGACCCCUCCAAAACGGGCAAUGCCUCCUUUAGGUAGAGGCAUUUUAGGUCGAGGCUUGUCUGCCAGUAUGGUGCACAAAGGCAAAGAAGAACCCCGUCCCACUUCUCCAGAUCUGUCAUUGUUGGCAGCUGGGGAUAGCCAGAUGGCAGAGGCCUCCAUUGGUUGGAAUAGAAUGCUUGGAAGAGGAAAUUCAGAUACUGUAUUACCGUUGGGAAGAGCAGCUGGUGGAAUAGGCAGAGGUGUGUUCAAGGCUCCUGGUGCUGUCGGCGACGUGCCUUCUCGGGGUCCUGCCCAGCAGCCAUCAUUGCCACCUCUGCCCCUUUCCUCACCGCCCUCUCUGGAUCACCUUCCACUGAGGACUGCAGAAUACAAGGAAAAACAGCUCCUUGUGAAGCAAGGAUCAAAAGGAAUACCUCAAUCUUUGGGAUUGAACCUUAUCAAAAUACAGUGUCAUAAUGAAGCAGUUUAUCAAUAUCAUGUGACUUUCAGCCCCAGUGUGGAGUGCAAAAGCAUGAGGUUUGGCAUGUUGAAGGACCAUCAAGCUGUCACUGGAAACGUCACUGCUUUCGACGGAUCCAUUCUCUAUCUGCCUGUUAAGCUUCAACAAGUUCUUGAGUUAAAAAGUCAGAGGAAAACUGAUGGUGCCAAGAUCAGCGUUAAGAUUCAGUUGACCAAGAUCCUGGAGCCUUGUUCUGACUUGUGCAUUCCCUUCUACAAUGUUGUUUUCCGUCGGGUAAUGAAACUUUUGGAUAUGAAGCUUGUGGGCAGAAACUUCUAUGACCCGACAAAUGCUAUGGUACUGCAGCAGCACAGAUUGCAGAUCUGGCCAGGCUAUGCAGUCAGCAUCCGGAGGACAGAUGGCGGUCUCUUCCUGCUAGCUGAUGUCUCCCAUAAGGUCAUUCGAAAUGAUUCUGUGCUGGACAUCAUGCAUGCGAUAUAUCAGCAGAACAAAGAAAACUUCCAGGAUGAGUGCACUAAGGUUCUGAUUGGCAAUAUUGUCAUAACCCGAUACAACAAUCGUACCUAUCGUAUUGAUGAUGUGGAUUGGAAUAAGACUCCAAAAGAUAGCUUCACAAUGUCUGAUGGGAAGGAGAUCACAUUCUUGGAAUACUACAGCAAAAACUAUGGGAUAACAGUUAAGGAAGAAGACCAGCCACUUCUGAUCCACAGACCCAGUGAGAGACAGAAUAACCAGGGGAUGCUGCUAAAAGGUGAAAUCCUGCUUCUGCCUGAGCUUUCCUUCAUGACUGGGAUCCCUGAGAAGAUGAAGAAAGACUUCAGAGCCAUGAAGGAUUUGACCCAGCAGAUCAACCUGAGCCCCAAACAGCACCAUAGUUCUUUGGAAUUCUUGCUACAGAAAAUUGCAAAGAAUGAGAUAGCCAACAAUGAAUUAACACGCUGGGGACUCUCUCUGCAAAAGGAUGUACAUAAGAUUGAAGGACGUAUUCUGCCAAUGGAAAGAAUUAACUUAAGAAAUACUUCAUUUGUCACAUCUCAGGAACUAAACUGGAUUAAAGAAGUAACCAGAGACCCUUCCAUCUUGACUGUCCCCAUGCAUUUCUGGGCACUGUUUUACCCAAAGAAAGCAACGGACCAGGCCCGAGAACUGGUUAACAUGUUAGAGAAGAUAGCUGGCCCCAUUGGGAUGCGCAUGAGCCCGCCGGCCUGGGUUGAACUAAAGGAUGAUCGAGUAGAGACCUAUGUCAGAACCAUUCAGUCCAUGCUGGGAGCUGAGGGAAAGAUACAGAUGGUUGUUUGCAUCAUCAUGGGCACCCGCGACGAUCUCUAUGCGGCCAUUAAAAAACUGUGCUGUGUGCAGGCUCCAGUGCCCUCGCAGGUCAUCAAUGUCCGAACCAUUAGUCAGCCCACCAGGCUUCGGAGUGUGGCUCAGAAAAUUUUACUUCAAAUUAACUGUAAAUUGGGUGGUGAACUGUGGGGAGUGGAUAUUCCUCUGAAGCAGUUAAUGGUAAUUGGGAUGGACGUUUACCACGACCCCAGCAGAGGCAUGCGCUCCGUGUUUGGCUUCGUGGCAAGCAUCAACCUCACCCUCACAAAAUGGUAUUCACGAGUGGUAUUCCAGAUGCCUCAUCAGGAGAUUGUGGAUAGCCUGAAACUGUGCCUGGUGGGCUCCUUAAAAAAGUUUUAUGAGGUGAACCACUGUCUCCCAGAGAAGAUCGUGGUGUACCGUGAUGGAGUGUCUGACGGCCAGCUAAAGACAGUUGCCAACUAUGAGAUUCCUCAGCUACAGAAGUGUUUUGAAGCUUUUGAGAAUUAUCAGCCCAAGAUGGUGGUAUUCGUAGUUCAAAAGAAAAUCAGCACCAAUCUGUACCUGGCCGCCACGGAGCACUUUACGACUCCCUCCCCUGGGACUGUGGUAGAUCAUACAAUAACAAGCUGUGAGUGGGUGGACUUCUACCUUCUUGCUCAUCAUGUACGUCAGGGUUGUGGCAUUCCUACCCAUUAUGUGUGUAUUCUCAACACUGCAAACCUGAGCCCUGAUCAUAUGCAGAGGUUGACUUUCAAACUAUGCCACAUGUACUGGAAUUGGCCGGGUACCAUCAGAGUUCCAGCUCCUUGCAAGUAUGCCCACAAGCUAGCUUUCCUGUCAGGACAAAUCUUGCAUCAUGAACCAGCCAUCCAGCUGUGCGAGAACCUGUUCUUUCUGUGACUGGACGACCAGGAUACGGGCUGGGUAGAGAAGUUAGACUUCUGGACUCGGCUGUGAUUCAUGCAGGAUCAACACAGACUGAAGGGACUUUUGUGUUCAUGUUUUCUCUUUCUCCAACCCAGUAGAAUAAGACAUCUUUUUUCCCUUUAUUUCUAUUUUAAACCUGGUAUCAUCAAGAAGCACGUUCCAUUCCAAGUAUCAGCUGGAAAUUGCCUUGUUGCCUUUAUAGAGCAAAUGGGGGUGAUACUGCUGCUGUGUACAUGGAAUGGGUGAAUACGGGGCAACCUUUCAGAGCCUGCAAAGCCAACAGGAGCUGUAGAAACCUCCAGAAGCUGCAAUUACACCUGGAAGCUCUGCUUACUAAGCAGUUCUCACUUCUGGUGCCAGAAGUAAUGAUGAAUGAGGUCACUGCAUGUUCCUUAAAGUAGAGAGUUACUUUGUUUGAGCAACUGAGAAAAGUCAUAAAAAGGCCUGGAAGGCAAAAAUUUUUCAAGAUAUGACUGUUGCUGGCAAGUGUGAAAGACGUGUAGUAAAACCAGCUGGUGGGAUAGUCAGGCCCUUGCAGACCUAAUCUCCAGGAAUUGUUUCUGACACCUGUGAUUUAAACUGACUGAAAGGGGCAUUUAUUUCUCCGUUGGCCUCCUGAGAAAGACCAGAUAAAGUUUUUCUGUUUAUUUUAGUUACUACGGUAGACCGUGUUGAUUUCCUUCCUACCUCCCAGAUGCACACACACACCUUUACACUUUACUAUUGAUCUUUAGUAAGUUUCAGGUUUUAGAUUAGGAAUCACAACACGUGAAAUUCAACAGCAAGGAAGGAUUAUGAUGGGAUGUGACUUUUUCUUGAACAUUUCUCCCAGGCGUGUGGCGUUUUUCUCUGUUGGUUUGUUUGUGAAUUGAAUCACUCAUUUCCCUUGCCCAAUAACCUCUUCCUGGCUCUUGGCUCGUUUUGUUAGGAAUUUUUCUGAAUCCAGGUUAAGGUUUCCAGAACUUGACUUUGGAAAACAUGACACUCCUGCCAAAGUCCAGACAUUUCAGUUUAGAAAGUUAUCACUAUGCCUGUGGGUUGCAGUGUUUUGGGAAGCACUGUUUUUUGUGUUUAUUUUCCCUGUUUUAAAGUCUUCCAGUCCCUUCAGGGUAACUUCAGUCUUACCUUGCUUUAACUCGGUUUUUAAAACUAGUUUUAUUUAAGCUUUGCAAACUUUUAUUUAUUUAUUUAUUUAUUUAUUUAUUUAUUUAUUUUAUUUUAUUUUUUGGCAUGGUGGCAGGGAAGGGACGAAACAGAAAUUCCAUUUUAUAUGACAGUGUGUGAGGAAAGAAAUUUUAGCUUGAAACUCCUCAGAAGAAGAAAACCAAGCAAGGUGUGAGUUUGUCGCAGCGCCCAGCGGGGGCUGAGGAGUGCUGGGUGUUGAUGGUCCCCAAGUGCACUCUUGGUUACACUGGGAGCCUGGGACAUUGGGGGAGGCAGAGACCUGGAAUUUUAAAACCACUGAAUCAAACAAAUUGGAGCACAGGUCUCUGGCUUAACAGAUCACUUUUCUGAUUCUCUCUGGAAGCAUAUUGAAUUUCUCUUUGGAAGUUGGAUUUCCUAAUACUCAUUUUUCUCUUAUCAGAAAAGGCAAAUAUUUGAAUAGUCUACAAAAAUUUUUUCACUUUUUACUCCUGGUUUUCUUGCUUUGUUUUCCAGUCUUAAUGUGAAAUGAUUGGGUCACCAGGUGGGAAAUAAAUAAAAGCAAAUGUG